AUGAUGACCUUGGCAAAUGAAGAUUCUGCUAUUUCAGCUGGUGAGGCCGCUUCUUCGGUUAAUGUAGGAGGAGGUAUGCAUCAUCGUGGUGGAUUAAAAGCCGACGAUUCGUUACAUCAACAACAUUACCAGCUGCAGCACCAACUUUCAGCAGCAGGCACACCUGUGACUAGUCAACGUUCCAGAACCGUUGUUGGUCAAUCACAACCACCACCACCACUAUCGCAGCAGCAGCACCAACCACUUCAGAAUUCUCAUUUAUAUGAUACAAGUAGGCUAGGUCCGGUGUCAACAGCUCAUGUAAAUGGAGUUCACACACAACCACAUCUUCCACAACAGCAACAUAUGCAACACCUCCAUCAAAUGCACACACUUCCUCAACUGCAACAAAUGUUUCAUCCUUAUUCUAUGCAACAACAGCAACAGCAGCAACAGCUGCAUUUGUCUCAUUCACAACUGCAUACUCCCCAACCUUACCAACAGACAGCUGCUGCUACCACUCAAGGAGGUGUUCCAUUAACACAUUAUGGAGUUCAAAAUCAUCAGCAACAACAACAACAACAACAGCAGCAGCAGCAACAACAACAACAGCAACAACUUCACCAUCAACAGUUGCAUCACCAGUUGUUAACACCAAAUCCAUAUGCUCAACAGCAACAUUAUACACAAGCUCAAGCUCAACAACAUAUGUUGCCUCAUUUACCGGGUGCUACUAAUUCCAUGUCUAGCACUACGGGGCACGAUGCACAUGAGCAGCUUAACCUCCAAUUCAACCCAAUGGCAUAUCAGCUGCAAACCCAACAACAACAAUUGCAUCAUCUAGGUCAUCAAAUACCUACAACUCAAGCUCCGGCGCCAAUAGCGCCACCGCAGCUUCACCAUCUUGCACAUAACCCGAUAGCUCAAUCUCUUCAUCAUACUCCACAAGCUACACCGCAACCGUCAAUCCAAGGGCAGCAACAAGCACAGGCACAAGCCCAGCAGAUAAGGAAUACCAGACAGCCACGUCAAACAAAGAAACAAAAAGAACAACAAUUAAAACUUCAGCAACAGCAACAACAACAAGGGCAAGGGCAAGGACAAGGACAAGGGCGAGGACAAGGACAAGGACAAGGACACGAUCAAGGUGCAAUUGAUGCGCACUCAUUAGCUCAACAGCAUCACAUGGAGAUGCUAGCCAGAGCCAGUCAAAAUGAAAUUAUGGAAAAUGCCACUAGGAAAGUUGCCCCUAGAUCAAGUGAUUUAUUCCGAAUUGGACCACCAUUUGGUAUGAUGGAACAACACCAACACAUAUACCUAAAAUCCAAUGAUAUGCCGGUCGUGCCGCAGUUGCAUGCGAGAAUAGAUCGUGGGUUCGAAAUGGGAGAAACCGGUACUUGGAUUGGGUAUAAGCGUAACUAUUUCACAUUGGUUGCUUCCUUCAAUUUCCAAAACUUGGACUUUAAUCGGUUUUUGGAGAAUAAGUUUUACACAUACGAUGCUUCAUCAAAAAACCAGGGUAUGAAUGGACACGGACACAAUGGGUCCAAACCUGCAUCUCUUGUCCAGCCACACAACCAUCCGCAUCAUCCUCAUCACUCCCAACAUGCAGGAGAAACCAGAUUAGACAUUAGUUAUUUUGCCAUUAGAUUAGUUGCCAAAUGUUCCGAUGAUGAUGUUGCCAUUUCACUAAUUCAACAUACUGCAAAAAGAGACAAAGGACCACAAUUUCCUCCACCUAUAUACCCGGCGUUACCUGGAGACUUGCCAGACCACGAUACCGUUCGGGCAAGUUGCAAUAAGCGUAAUGGUGGCAAAAUUGAGCAUAUGAAUAAGAUUUUCUUUUUUGAUAGAAAUCAGUAUUAUAAUGAUUAUAAUUUGAACAGCCAAACUGAUUCAUCAAUUUUAAGAAAUUACCCUAGUGACUCAAUUUCCAAGGUGGCUCGUUUUGAGAGAAUACAAUUUACAAGUUCAAUUAGAGUUAAAAGUACCCUGACUUCAGCUAGAUACUUCACAUUAAGUUGUGAAUUAUUGGGGAUUGUUGAAGAUGAAGAUUUACAAAUUCAGCCUAUACUAUUAGGAUCAGUUGAAUCUCCGCCUUUGGUCAUUAGAGGAAGAUCGCCUUCUAGUUACCAUAAAGAUAGAACAUCCGGUUAUAGGCCUCCUACCAGUGCAUCUCCAGUUGAUCACCAUCGUUAG